ACUUUGGCUGGCGGAAUAUACUCCCAAGUUGAACUGCCGCUUCCGAUUGGCCGGAUGAUUGCGUGAAAUGAGCGUACGCACAAUAGCUCGCCUCUGCAUUCCCCUCCUCCUCCUCUCCUCCCAUCCCGACCACCCUCCGCCUACAACAUAGCAGCCCGGUCAUUUGUAUAAAUUCCCAAACGUCAUGGACAUUGUUGGCUUCCAUCGGAGAGAACGCAGCGCUCCGUGGCCGUCGAUGCGACCGAGGAGGCGAUUUUUAUGAUUUUUCUCUGAGUGCCUCUUCCUGCGGCAGAAGGUCAACCGAGCAUGUGUCCGCGAACACGUGCCACCGAUUCCGACCUGUGCAGUCGGCGCUCUCGUUUAUGAUCGACGCGUCCGGCUUUCUCCGCCUCGUUCGUGCUUCGUGCUCGUUCAUCGCACCCGAGCGGAGAGAGCGAGAGAGGUGGCGAGUUGGGGGCGUGGGUGGUGGGGAAGCGGAGCGGUAGGAACGCGAAGGAAUCGGCGGCUCAGCUGGGCUCGGCGCGUGUCGUCCGCGUGGUUUGUGACCGCCGCAGCAUGAGUCUGGUGGGUGGCUACCCUCACCACCACCCGGUCAUGUACGACCUCUACCCUUGCGUGGCGGCCGCCGGACGCCGCCACCACCACCACCACCAUCAUCAUGACGAGAGCCUCUACCUCCGCGGCUGGGUGCUCGGGGGCGCGGCUGAUAUGGCAGCGGACUACGCCAGCGUGCCGUGCCACUACAACGGGCUCACCGCCGCCAGCUACCCCGGAGGAGUCCUCCGGGGUCCGGGGUCGAUGCAGGUCUCUGAGGCGGCCGCCGUGCACGGAGGCAGCGGCGGCGGCGGCGGCGGCAGCGCGGGAGUCGGAGGAGGCGCGGGAGUCGGAGGAGGGGGCGGCGGAGGGGCCAUCAACGGAGGUGCGGUCGCUACCACGGCCGCCGCCGCCGCCGCGGCCGCCGCGGCUGCUGCGUAUUGCGGCGCCCUGCGGGGGCUGGGGGAGAGGGCGUGCGGCCGGAGGCUACGGCCACACUCGGCCGGGGUGGGACCGGGGCCGCCGCAGCCUCCGCGCAAGGAGCGGCGCCGCACCCAGAGCAUCAACAGCGCGUUCGCGGAGCUGCGCGGCCACAUUCCCAACGUGCCCGUGGACACGAAGCUGUCCAAGAUCAAGACGCUGCGCCUCGCCACCAGCUACAUCUCCUACCUGAUGGACGUCCUGGAUAAGGGCGACAGUGGUGGAGAGACGACGUCUGGAUUCAGGGCCGAUCUGGCGGACAGCGAUGGCCGGUCGGAGCGCGCCGUCGACGGAACGAAGAGGCCAUCUGUCCAAGUAGUCCCGAUAACGCAUGAACAACAAAAGCGACCCAGUGGGAAGAAGAGCGCGACAGAGAAGAAGCGGGGACGGACUGGCUGGCCACAGCACGUUUGGGCUCAGGAGUUGAAGCGAUGAUGACGAUGAUGACGAUGACCGGGGCCAACGUGUCUCUUGGUUGAACGCUGAGAAAACGCUCCGUUCAACAACAACAACAACCCAAAAAAAAACCCUAAGAAACCCCAAAAACUAAACUAAAAGCUGUGCACUGAACAUCGCUUGAGUCGUCGUCGUCGUCGUCGGCACGGGGAAUCGCCGCCGGUACGUCUUUGUCGGUCCUCUCGUAACUGCACAGUAUUCUUGCUCGUGUUGUUAUCAUCAUCAUAAUCAUAACAUUCGAGCGGUAAUUCAAUAGACCUGUGGUGCUGCGUCGUAAUAAUGUUACGUUGUGUGCCCGAACGUGGUAUCGACGAGUGUUUUUUGGCCUACAGUGUAAUAUUGUAUAUAAUUACGUGAUGAUGAUGAUAGUGGUGAUUGUUUAGAAUGAUCACCAACAUUGGAAGAGUGUUUUGUUGUUCUUGUUUUCAG